AGCGUUGACCAAUUUUAUAAAUCCUUAAAGCAACAAUAUCAAAAUCUAAGGACACUCAUAACUUCAACUAGAAGCUGAGUAAAAAAAGAACAAUUCAUUUGCUUCAAAAGUACUUAAUUGCUAUGGAAAUACCCACUUUCCCACUCAAUGGAUUUAUAAAAGAUAGAAGAAAAACCUGUGCUUGGCCAUAUCAAGUCUUUGGCUCACAUUGAAGAAACUCAGACGAUCAUGGGGAGAUUUAGCAGACAUGUCUCUAUCCUUCUUCUGGUGUUCAUGUCUGGUUUGUUGCAGAUACAUGGUGCCGAUACGUUAACUUGUUACAAGAGCAAGAGCCCGUGUCGUUUCAAGCAGAUGCGUUGCCCAGCAGAAUGCCCAUCAAAAUCACCAUCAAACCAUACUGAUAAAGUUUGUUACGUAAACUGUGAAUCGCCUGUAUGCAAAGCAGAGUGCAAAAGUUCAAAACCAAACUGUAACGGUCCCGGCUCGGCAUGCUUGGACCCCAGGUUCAUUGGUGCUGACGGUAUUGUGUUCUACUUCCAUGGAAAAAGCAAUGAACACUUCAGCUUGGUAUCUGAUCCCGAUCUGCAAAUUAAUGCACGGUUCAUUGGACUAAGGCCUGCAGGCAGAUCCAGGGACUUCACAUGGAUUCAAGCUCUUGGUUUCCUCUUCAAUUCUCACUCCUUUUCACUUGAGGCCAAACGAGCAGCAACUUGGGACAACAAAGUCGAUCACUUGAAAUUCAUGUACAACGGAAAAGAAGUAGUUAUACCAGAUGGUCAUCUCUCACAAUGGAAGUCCUCAGAAAGCAAUAUCAUCGUUCAAAGAACAUCAAACAGCAACAGUGUCUUGCUAACUCUCCCUGAGAUAGCAGAGAUAUCAGUUAAAGUUGUACCAAUUACUAAAGAAGAUGAUAGAAUUCAUAACUACAGGAUACCAAAAGAUGACUGUUUCGCUCACUUGGAAAUCCAGUUCAGAUUCCACGGCCUCUCGUCAAAGGUUGAAGGAGUGCUUGGGAGGACUUAUCAACCUGACUUCAUAAACCCUGCAAAGCCAGGAGUUGCAAUGCCUGUUGUAGGAGGUGACAAGGAGUACAGAACCUCAUCGCUCCUCUCUGCCGAUUGCAGUGCUUGUUUGUUUUCCUCUGCCAGAAUCUCAAACAAAGUAGACCCAAAGAUAAGGCAAUAUAGCUUCAUAGACUGCUCUGGAGGAAGCACGAGCGGAAAUGGAAUAGUUUGCAGAAAAUAAAACACAAUAACCAGAACAACUAAACAUUGAAUAACGAAGCUUUAGCUUCACAGUCUAAUAGUUUUCUCUCAUGGAGAAUUUGACUAGUUGUCUGUUGUGUGAAAGCGUUUCUACUUUUGGGUGAAUCCUGCAGUAUCUUAGUAUUCAGCUUUGUCAAGGAAGUGGUUUGUGUUUUUACCAAAUUCCAAUUCAAAUUGUUCCGAUUUCCAUUCAACACAAAUAAAUCUUGAAGUUUCUCACAUAACAAGUGAAUUAUCCGCCA